UAUUGCACAGCCUUCCCGCGCAAGCAUCUCAUUUCUAAACCCUAACCCAAAGCAGCCUGCUUCGUUUCGUUCGAUGCCUCUUUCAAUGGCAGAAGUGCGCAUCAUCACCAUAUCCGAUCUCCUGUCCCUCUCUUUACCCCUCACCGGCGUCACUGACCUCUCGCUCUCCCUGUCUUCCUGCUCUCCCCCCUUAAAGAAACACAAGCACCAACCUGCUAAAGUUAUCGAGGCCGAGAAUCUCACCAAUCUCCUAAUCUGCAACAAGCAUUUAAACCCCGAGCUCUUCUUCACUCCCUUCAAAUGCCCCGUCGUACUCGUGGGCACCGUAGAUCUCCCCACGGAUCCUUCUGAUCACUUCUUUUCAUUCUGCGAUGGUUCCUCUAUCGUAUCCUGCGCCAUUCUUGAUUUGGACCUCAGGAUCAUCGGAUGCAAAGUACAUGUUCUCGCUUGGAAUUUCCUUCCUUUCAAGGACCGGAGGGGAGGGCUCCUGGAAGUAAUUCGAUGGAGCACUUUUUCACCAUCGCUCGCGAUGCCCAAAGACAUGCCUGUUCUGUCUCUGCGGAAAGGUGUGGAAUUGUCGAGCAAAAAAGGCGUUGUGGGUGUUCUGAGAUCAGUCAGCCCAGUAUUCACCGUUCCUUGCCGAAACACCGGGUCUGAUUCGGAUUCUAUUGGUUUUCUUGCAGAGUUAUUUACAUGCAAGUGUAAUCUUUGCUCCAAAUCAUUUUAUAUGUAUCGUUUCGAUUAUUCUCUAUGGAUUCAGAAUAGCCAUUGCUUUUCUGUCUCCGACUUUGUUUACUUUCUAGAGCCUUCUUCUGGGUGGCGUCUUGCGCUUGCUAAACUUGUUGGGAAGGUUGUUAUGGUCUCAGGAUUGAAGAGAAAGAUGAUCUUUGUUGGUGAGAAGAUAUCGUAUGCCAUGUACGUCACACCUUUGGAAACGUCGGUUUCGUUAGGUCGGUUACCUUUGGAGGCUAUGCAGCUUGGAGAGGAUGUUAGGGCAAAAAUGAUUGAGGAUGGUGCAGUUUAUAAUGGAAUUAUUACUCGAGUUUACAUGCAAGGGAUGGCUGUUGAGUUGGAUGAUAAGGUUUGGCUUUUGGUCACUGAUAGCAACCUUGCACCACUAGCGGCUCUAAGGGUCGGUGCUAUUAUUUCCAUUCAGAACUUUCAAUUGGUUCGUUCUGUAUUGUCUUGGAUUGAAACCAAUCUGCUUGUUUGUUGUUCCAGAACUGCCAUAGAUGUGAAGUCUUUUUCAAUUUCUGAUACCAGGUGUCACUUUAGGUCUCAAAGUCCGAGCUUGCUACUGAGGUUUAUCGAAUCUCUCACACCUACUGCUAAAUUUUGCAGGUCACUACUCUUGAUCUCUUGUUUCAGAAGAAAAUUUGCCAAGCUCUUAUCUAACAAGGAAAUUCUUGGCUCAAGAAAUAAGGAAGGACUGGUUCAGGCUUAUGCACGUGCAUAUUUGCAUUCAAAUUUUAUUCAACCUCAACAUGGGAUUUUCAUGGACUUUUGCCAACAUGGGCAGUCUGCUAUCAAGUAUGAAAAGAAUGGACCACCCCUUAAGCUGGUAGUACCACUAUCUAACUUUAUCAUCAAAUGUGAAGUGAUAUGGGCAUCGGCGUUGAAGGAAAUUCCGUGUCAUGGUGGAAAACCUACAAUUGUAGACAAUGUGCCCUGCGAAGGAAUUCCUUCGUCUCCUAUGGUUAGAAGAAUUGUAUCAAAUGACAUUUUUGGCUGCAUUUUGAUGGGCAUUAUCAAGAUCACCUCUUCAGGGAAGCUGCAGCUUUUUGAUUCCACUGGAAGUAUAGAUGUUGUGAUACCAGAUAUUGUUUCCGGUUUCCAUUGUCAGGGCAUUCAUGAGGUUAAAGAGUUUAAGGUUGUCCUAGAAGGCCCAUCCAUGCAAGUAGAAUCUUCCGAGUUGCAUUCUGCCGAGCUACUUUCAUGCAGGAGUUUUUUUGAUGAGCUUCCUGUGAAGAAAAAAAUCAGUCAACUAGUUGUUUAUGUUGUUUUUUAUCUUAAGAAUUCGACUUGUCUUAAUGCGCCUAUUAAUCUUCCUUUAUGCACGGUCGAUAAGAGCAAUACUAAUGCUAGUGGAAUUGCACACCUGCUUCUUGUGACCCACAAAUUUCCUGCUGCAAAGAAUUGUGAGUUUGACAGCGAUGCAUCACACAGCUCUAGCUUGUUUUCUGAGGCUUUACUUUUGCCUUAUGAUGCUAUUUUCCAUAAUGAAGAUGCACACAAUCACCCAUCUGGCCAUUCCCUACAGAAGUUAGAUGGAGAGCCCGUUUAUUUAAGUGAACUUAAUAUUCCACAGUUGAGAUGUUGCAGAAAACCAAACUUUGUUGAAUCAAUCUGGGAUUCACCUGAUUCUAAGUAUGAUCUUAAACGGGCUGAAUUGAGGCCCGUUUUUGCUUGUUUGCUUACUUUUGGCAGUAGUCCUCAAAAGCCUCAUUUUACCGGAUAUUUAUGCAGUAGAGGAUGUUCUGUGCUGGAAAAUAAGUCUGUUGGUCUACAUCCAGUUUUGUUAGAAUUCAUAUCUGAUAGCUUCAUCAAGUAUCAGUCACUGCAAAUUGGUGGGUAUUACAUGAUGAAGUGUUCCAAAGAAUGUCCUUUAUGUUUUCAAAAAGUCAAGAACAAAGAAACUUCUUCCAAGGUUUUAUUGAGUUCUAAAACGUCUCUUUGGAAAGUUUUUUUCUCAUUUGGCAUGGAUCAGCAUCAAGAACAACCAAGGUAUCAGACUUCCAGCGACAAUUUAAUUAGAGAGUAUCAAACAGAUUUGGUAAAUGUCUGUGAGAGUGAUCUGGAGUUCCAACCGUCAUGCACUCUACUGAAUGAUAUUUCAGAUGUGCAUUUAGCAAUCACUCGGGACUCGAUGGCGCCUUUGAGCCAAAUAGACCUCUUAAAAGAGGAGUUACUCAAUCACUUCUCUAUGCUGCAGGAGGUUUUAACAGUGACAUCAUUUAUUCAGAUUAUGAAGUCUGACAAAUCAAGCUCUUCAAGUCAUGCUAAUUCACAACAUGGAAGCUUGGUCAAUUCAAAUCUCAUUUCAAUUCGUGGAAACAUAGAGAACAUGCAUUUAUUUUUCAAGUUUGGGUCCUUUAUAAGCAAUGAAAAUGUAGUCCAUAGUCAUAGGAGAGACGAGUGUAUCUGUUUACAUGUCUAUGAUGAUCAAAACAUGAUUUAUAUACAAGGUAAACUACAUCAUUAUACUUAUCCUGUUGGCUUGGGCCCUGGAGUAAAUGCAACAUUUCACCGGGUACUUUUGAAAUGCUCUUCAGAUGGAUUCCCCAAAUUGGUUCUGACCUCUGUAUCAUUUGUUGUAAUUAAUUCUGUGAAAGAAACUGGCUUUCUAUACAGUAAACGACUGACCAUGCGGCCUCAGUUUGAUAGGAAUAGUGAGGACACUCUCAACUCUGUUUCACUAAGUUUGAUCUCAAAUUUAGUUCAAUUAAUGGACAUCAAGCGUGUUCGGUUGCUCAGCAGGGUUGUAACAAUCCAUUAUCUUGUGUUGAAAAAACUUGAACUUGAUCAUGGAAGAUCAGGAUCAAGAAUGGAGAUAAAGAUGCCAUCAAUCAAGAUCUCCUUAGCUGGAUUUUUGUUGGAUGAUGGGUCAUCUUUAUGCUGUUGUUGGGCUGAUGGCGAGCGAGCAGAAAUGCUGCUUCGAUUAGAUAAAAUUUCAUGCCAUCCAUUCUUCCAAUUUGGUGACAAUUCAGUGAAGAAAAGUUUUAGAUAUCAUGAAACGAUUGGUCAUCAGUUGGAAAAUAUGCUAAGAAAGCACCAAAAGGUUAUUAUGAAAAACCAUAGAGCAGUACCAGAUGUUUCAUCUUUGGAUUUUACGUUUUAUGUUGAUUCCAGUGAAAUCUUCAGCAGUGCAGAGGAGAGCCUUCUCAGAUUUGUCAUUAGCAAUGCUUGUCAGGGAUCAACUUUUAAUAUUAGUGGUCAUUUGAUGGAUUCAACUGCUUUGGGUUUGUUGGACAUGGAAAGUAAGGAUUUGCAGGAUAUAGUACGGCCAUUACCUAAUAUUUGGGCUGCAGAAAUUCAGCACAAUAAUUCCCUUAAACAAGCUAGAAAGUUGCUUGAUGAGCUUUCAACUGGAUAAGAUAGGCUCUCUCCAGGUUGUUUAGUGAUACUUGAAGCACUUUGCAGUUGAGAUCUAUACGGCUGCUGAUUAUUCUAAAGUUUGGCUGUUGAGAUAGGAGAACAAAACUAUUACAGUGUGAUCAUUGCCAAUUGCUGCUCAUAGGAAUAUUGGAAAUUCCAAAUUAAGGAGCUUAUUUUUAAGACGCCUAUGAACUGACUUCCACUUGACAGCAAUUCAUUCAUUGUUGCAUAUAUAUGCAUCUAAGAUGAAGUGGCCAGAAAGUUAUGGAUCUCCUUCUCUGAAUAAAUUAUGAAAGGCGAUGUGUGCACUAAGGGCAUCUCCAACCGAAUUCUAUACGUUUGUUUGGCGUCCGUGAACUUCUCCAAUCGAACGGCAAAAUACGCGUCAUUCUCUCGUUCGUGAACAGUGUAAUCCAAUAUUGGCGUCGCACUGCUUACAAACACAUUUUUGGUGGAAAUAGAGCGCGGAGGGGAGAAAGUCUAGCGUUUGUGGUUGAGAAAGAAUAUAUACGAAAUAUUCUUUUUUGUGUUAAGAAAUAGAGUUCAAUUGAAGAUGAAUUACUGCAUUUUGAAGUAUUACUGCAUUUUCGAGUGGAAAAUGAGUUUUUCAUUUGGAGAUGAUCUAAGAUGGGGCAGUUGAAGCGUGCUAUAAACUUAUAUUUACUUGUUGAGAAGGGAAGAAAUAGGGAUAUAAAUUGAAACAACAUAUUCAGAAGAACAGAUAGAUUAAUGCCUUAACGGCAGCGAGUUAAGGUAAAGAAAUAAAUGAUCUUAUGGCAUGGAGAAAGAGGGAGAAAUUAAUCCGUAGAGGUUGCUAAAGAAAUGUUGUAAUUUUGUUGGAUGAUAUAAACUUAAUUACAGUGAUAGUGACAAGCAUUUUUACAAUCACAAAUGAUUAUUUGAGCA